AUGAGCUUUGAGGGCGGCCACAGCGGCAGUCGGCGCCGCCGGGCUGAGGGUGAGGAUGCAGAGCCGCCCCCGUCGUCCCCCCCGCCGCGGGGAGAGCCGGCCCUGGCCCCCGAGCCCCCGCGCUACCUGCCGCCGUUGCCGGAGCCGCCCGCGCAGCCCUCGUCCCCAGAGCGCGCCACGGGGCCGGAGGAGCCGCCUGGGGAGGUGGCCCCGCGGCGCAGGGGCGCGGACGAACUACCGCCACCGCCGCUGCCCCUGCCGCCUGUCGGCCAGGAGGAGGUGUCGGCGGCCGGCGACUCCGGGGAAGGUCUGAGGCGCCUCCCGGAGGCGGCGGCGCCCGAGGCGGCGGCGGGGAAGGGCGGCUCCGGGGAGCCCGAGGCCGGCGCGGGCGGGGAGGGCGAGCGGCGGGGCGCCGGCGAUGAGCCCGAGACGCGCUCGGUGUGCAGCAGUCGCAGCAGUAGCAGCAGCGACCAGCGCGCCGGGCACCAGCACCAGCACUACCAGCCAAUCUGCAAGAUCUGCUUCCAGGGCGCUGAGCAGGGUGAGCUGUUAAACCCUUGCCGAUGUGACGGGUCAGUUCGGUAUACUCAUCAGCUGUGCCUGCUUAAGUGGAUCAGUGAGAGGGGUUCCUGGACUUGUGAACUUUGCUGUUACAGAUACCAUGUUAUAGCCAUUAAAAUGAAACAACCUUGCCAGUGGCAAAGCAUUUCUAUAACACUGGUUGAGAAAGUUCAGAUGAUUGCUGUAAUCCUAGGAACCCUGUUCUUAAUAGCGAGUGUGACUUGGCUUCUGUGGUCAGCCUUCAGCCCCUAUGCAGUGUGGCAGAGGAAGGACAUCCUUUUCCAAAUCUGCUAUGGAAUGUAUGGUUUUAUGGAUCUAGUGUGCAUAGGUCUCAUUGUCCAUGAAGGAACUGCAGUUUACAGAGUGUUUAAGCGCUGGCGAGCUGUUAACUUGCACUGGGAUGUAUUAAAUUACGACAAAGCCACAGACAUCGAAGAAAGCAGCCGGGGAGAGUCUUCCACAAGCAGAACUUUGUGGUUGCCACUGUCGGCUCUGCGGAACAGGAACUUGGUCCACCCAACACAGUUAACCUCCCCAAGGUUUCAGUGUGGCUACGUCUUAUUACACCUGUUCAGUCGGAUGAGGCCCCAUGAAGACUUGUCAGAAGACAACAGCUCAGGAGAGGUUGUGAUGAGAGUGACUUCAGUGUAGCCAAAGUGGGAGAUGACACAGCAUGGACCGCCCAGCACAUUUUGGAAUGUAAUUGCAAUGAGUGGCGAAACCAUAGCUCUUCUUAAAAAAAAAAAAAAAAAAUCUAUGAACUUUUUAAAAUCUAUGCUUUUUAUAU